AUGCUAAGUAUACCUACUGCAGAUGCACAAAUUCGGGCAUACAUACCAGGCAGUGCGACAGAGACAGGACCAAAAAGCACUACCCAAAGGCAAGAGGGCCUGGGACAACCAGGAAUAACCGGUCAGUCUGUCUUUGCGCCAUCAUUGAGUGCGACUUCGACAUCGGACGUGGAAGUAGCAGGCACAUACACAUCGUCAGAAAUAGCGAAUGCAGGCAUAUCCACAGAAGCGGCAGCGACUUCCAUAACAUCGACUGUUGAUCAGACUUUGACUUCAACAUCAGCGUUAGCGUCAGCAACCUCGACCUCGGAGUCCGCAAAUGCCGAGUCCGACGGAUUGGCCAGUACGUCCAAAUCGACCCAAAACAGACUGGCCAUUGCAUUACCUAUCGCAAUCAUCGGUCUCCUGGCCGUCGCCGGUGUGCUGUUUUUCUACAUGCGCCGAAGACGGCAGCGUAAUGCACAGCCUGCGUACGGUGUCCCCGUCAGCCAGAGCAAGGGCAUGCCCGCCUCCAAGCUCAUGGUCGUUCCCGCCAUCGUAACUACCGGGUCCACGCCUCGGUUCUCUGCACUCGGUGUACCAACCAACCUUACUCGUGAUUCGAGCUCCGGCUCUUCGACAGUUCGAUCGCCAGACGAGGCGAAUAUGGAGCUGGGUAUCGCGGUCUCUAUUUCUAGAGAUCCACGGAUGAGUGCGACGGAGCAGAAUUUGUAUGACAUGACUCAAGCCUCUUCCAAUGAGAUUGUCAGGUCUCACCUGCACUCGCCAUCCCGUAACCAACAUGACGACGAGGCUGUGUCUGUGAUUUCGGGAUUGGAUGAGCGUCGGGCCCAUGAGGAGGAUUUCGACGACAUGUCUUCAGUGUCAUCCUUCAAUGAUGAUAGCACUCACGAUGGUCUUCAUCGAUAUUCGUUCAGGUGA